CAUCAGGAUAAAAGAAAAAACACAAAAUAUCAGUGGUUUUUGAUCGGGUUUCCCAUAAAAUUAGUGGAGUAAAUCUUUGUUAAGGGCAAGAAAACUAGGGAAGCUGCAGCAAUGUCGGUCAGGAACACUUGUAACCAGCUUUUAGGGGACGAGAAUGAUAUGUCAGAUGCCGAAAACAGAUCUUCUAACAUACCUGUUUCUGAAUCAAAGAGGCUAUGUCGUGGUAAGAAACAAUUGAGGAGGAACACUGGAAAUUUUGAGGAUGAUGAAGCGACUUUAAACAAAGAAGAGGAGGAAAGACUACGCGAUCAAACUGAGAGGGAAGAACUGGAGAGGAAUAUUAAAGAACGGGAUGCUGCUCGAACAAAGAAGCUAACAUUACGAAAAAUGGCACAGAAGAAAGGAGAGGAAGAUGGCAUUGAAGCUCUUAGAAAAAUUUCAAGGCAAGAAUACUUAAAGAAAAGGGUGGAAAAGAAAUCAAAAGAGCUUAGAGAUGAGAUAGAAGAUGAACCGUAUUUGUUUGAUGGUGUUGAUCUGACUGAAACAGAACGUUGUGAAUUCAGGCUCAAAAGUGAAGUUUACGAUCUGAUUGUCUCCGGAAGGAUGAGUAGUGUUGAUGAUAUUGACGAGUAUAAAAUGCCGAAUGCAUAUGAUCAGGAAGGAAGAGUGAACCAAGAGGAAAGAUUUUCUGUAGCUUUACAGCGUUUCAGAGAUGGCAAGGGUAAGAAGGUAAAUCAACAACAAGUUUGGGAGCAGCACCAAAUGGGAAAAGCAACCCUCAACUUUGGUUCGAAAGACAGAAGGAAUGAUGCAGACAACUACGAUUUCGUGUUUGAAGACCCAGCAGAGUUGAUAAAAGACGUCUCUGAAGAUCAGAUUGAGUUCAUAAAGACUGUUGUAUUGGAUGGAGAUACAUAUGAGUGUGCUUUGGAGAGUUCAGAGUUGCGGGAACUUAAGGAAGAACAGAGAUCCCUGCCAAUCUAUACAUAUCGAGAUGAUUUACUAAAAGCCAUCCAAGAGCACCAGGUGCUCAUAAUUGUUGGGGAGACUGGUUGCGGAAAGACAACUCAAAUACCACAGUACCUCCAUGAAGCUGGCUACACAAAAGUUGGGAAAAUUGGAUGUACUCAACCGAGGAGAGUUGCAGCCAUGAGUGUUGCUGCUCGUGUUUCCAAAGAAAUGGGAGUCAAACUUGGGCAUGAGGUGGGUUAUUCCAUUCGUUUCGAAGAUUGCACAUCUGACAAGACACUCAUUAAGUAUAUGACAGAUGGUAUGCUGCUCCGUGAAUUCCUUUGCGAGCCAGACCUUGGUAGCUACAGUGUUAUCAUGUUGGACGAAGCACACGAGAGGACAGUUUGUACAGACAUAUUAUUAGGUUUGGUGAAGGAUGUUGCUCGUUUUCGGCCUGACUUGAAGUUACUAAUCUCAAGUGCAACUCUUGAUGCUGACAAGUUCAGUGACUUUUUUGAUUCUGCCCCAAUAUUCAAAAUUCCAGGGAGGCCUUAUGAUGUCGAGAUACAUUGCACUAAGGCACCAGAGCCUGAUUAUUUAGAUGCAGCAAUUGUCUCUGCGUUGCAAAUACAUGUCACCGAACCACCUGGUGAUGUCCUUAUAUUUCUAACAGGACAAGAAGAAAUUGAAACAGCAGAGGAGAUAUUCAAGAACAGGACUAGGGGUCUUGGCAGAAAGAUUGCUGAACUCAUUAUCUGCCCCAUUUACGCCAACCUACCCACACAUCUGCAGAACAAGAUAUUUGAACCUACUCCUCGAGGAGCACGUAAGGUUGUGUUGGCCACAAACAUUGCAGAGACAUCUCUAACCAUCCAUGGGAUCAAAUAUGUAAUAGAUCCGGGAUUUGUCAAGAUCAAGUCAUAUAAUCCACGAACAGGAGUGGAGUCAUUGUUAGUGCAGCCCAUCUCCAAGGCAUCAGCAACACAACGUGCAGGUCGAUCUGGGCGAACAGGUCCAGAACUUGUUGACCUUUGAUUUCAUGGAUCCACCAUCAUCUGAAGCAUUAUUGAAAGCACUUGAGUUGCUUUAUGCACUUGGUGCUCUGAAUAAGCAUGGUGAGUUAACUAAAGUUGGCAGAAGGAUGGCAGAAUUUCC